AUGGCCGAUUCCACCUCUGCUAACGGCGCUCCUGCUGGUGGCCGUCCUGGUGGCUGGACCGACACCGAGCGCUUUCAGCUUGUGCUCCGCGUCCUCGCGACUCUACUCACCGAAGGCAAAAGCGUCGAGUGGAAGAGCGUAAAUAUGCCUAACCGCACCCUGAAGGCUAUGCAAGGCCAGUGGACCUCGAUCCUUGCCCAGAUGCGUGAUCUCAACACAGACGGAGGUGACGCCCCUGCCCCCAAGGCCAAGACUCCCCUUAAGAAGCCCGCUGCUGCGAAGAAGAAGAAGGCUGCUGCUGCCAAGAACAGCGAAAAUGCCAACGAGGACUCUGGCGACCAUCAUGAUGAUGGAGAGACCAAGAAGGCGGCCACUCCCAAAAAGCGCGCCGCUGCCACCGACGCUGACGGCACUCCCAAAAAGCGUCGCACCCCUGCCAAGAAGACAGCCCCCAAGACCGAACCAGUGUCUGAUGAGGCUGGUACUGAGGCUGAUGUUCCCAAGGAGGAAAACAGCGAUGAGCAGUAA